CGCUUUAAGCCUGAGUGAAGGAGACAGCGAAGAAUCCAUCAUCAGAUGGAGUGGCACAAGACGCAAAAGCCUAUCGAGAUUGAUUGCUGCGUUUCUGGGAGAUGGGAAGGCCAAAAAAGGCUGGAAAGACAAAGCCUUCCAAAAGGCCAGUGGAGGAACCAGAAAGGUCAGCCCCUCUAGAGAUUGUCGAAGUGGUUUCUCAGGAAAAUGAAACAGUGCCAGAAAACUCAGCAGGCAGAAAGGGAGGGUGAACAACAUUUGAAUGAGUUGGAGAAUGAAGAAGUUCAGCCCUCGAAUGGCGACAUAGAUUUUGAAGAGGAUGUGAACCUCAACCAGGGGGCUCACUCUACUAGGGGAGGUUCUUCAGCUCAAAAGAAGAAUGGUAGAGGUCAUGGAAUAGGGGUGAAGCCUGGCCAUGGCCUUGAACUUGAGAUACAUGACAACAGGAUCGUCACACCACAGGCUGCCCAUGAACUCACUGCCAUCUUCAAAAAGAGCAUCAUUGGUCCAUGGAUUAAAUUCUCGGAGUGCUAAAAGAAGAGAUAGUGCAGGUGAAGAAUGGAGUUCCUCAUAUUGUCGAGGACACAUUGAAGAGGCUAGGAGUUACUUUGCCAGAGUCCUCAAGUGUUGGAGACAAGGGGGUGAAUGAUGAAGAUGAAGAAGGAGACGAGGAAGUGAAUGAUGAAGAUGCGGACGGUACUGAUAAUGAGAACAUAUCCCCAUGAUGAUGAUGAUUACUAAGUUUGUAGCGCUAGGAAGAAGGCAGUAGUAGGAACUUUGCAAGUUCCAAUUUUCAAUCGGAAGUUUGCACCGCUAGGAAGAAGGCAGUUGUAGGAACUUUGCAAGUUCCAUUAUUCAAUCG